AUGCCUCACGGCGAGUACGAAGGCUUCAUCCAUAACAGUCUACACUAUGCUACUGCCCGCUUUCAGAUCGACGGAUCUACUCCCAUCAGCGAAAUUGCGUACAGGAAUCGUCAAUCCGUCAAUCAAGCGCUAGAGCAAGACGACAUUGACAUUGGUAUGUCCGUGACCCGAGAAAUGGUACGCCGCGGACAGCCAAUCCAUAUUUGCGAACCAUUUGAGAGAUUCUACUCCAUCUCAAACUGGUGCGGAGCAUGGAAGACUUUAAACUUCAACAGCGCUGUUACGAAGCAGGAUCAACAUCGGAAGGCCGAUAUACUCGUUAUCGGGCAAAGCAACAAAGCUGGAGCGCCUCGAAGAUUCCGCACAAGCAUCAUGUGCAAGACCAGUGAAGGCUUUUACUGCGAUUUUUCCGCCCCACCAAAGGCCAUCGACCUAAUCAACACGUACUUGGAGAAGGAUCCAUUCUUGAAAGACUUUUAG